AUGUCUAGUCAAUCUUUCACCAAAGAACCCAUCGCCAUUAUUGGCACUUCCUGUCGCUUUCCAGGCAGCGCCAACACUCCCUCCAAACUAUGGGAUCUUCUCAUUGAGAAGAGAGACGUUCAAUCACACAUCCCUCCUGAACGUUUCAACGUUGAUACUUUUUACAGCAGCAAUGGAGACAAAAAUGGAUGCACCGACGUAAAGAAGGCGUAUCUAUUGUCCGAGGAUAUUCGUUUGUUCGAUGCCUCAUUCUUCAAGAUUAAUCCUCGUGAGGCUGAGGCCAUGGACCCUCAGCAGAGGCUCCUGCUUGAAGCUGUAUACGAGGCAACAGAGACAGCUGGACUGCCAAUGGAGGAUCUGAAAGGAUCUGACACUGCUGUCUACGUUGGAUGCAUGACCGGAGAUUACCAUGAGAUGCUCAUGCGUGAUCCUCAGGAUAUGCCCAAGUACAUGGCCACUGGCACAGCCCGCAGCAUUCUCUCCAACCGAAUUUCUUACCUCUUCGACUGGAAGGGUCCUUCGAUGACUAUCGAUACAGCCUGUUCUUCCAGUCUUGUCGCGGUCUAUGAUGCAGUCACGGCCCUUCGUAACGGAGUCUCUCGCAUCGCCUGUGCAGGAGGUGUCAACCUUAUUCUCGGUCCUGAAAUGAUGAUUUCAGAAUCCAAACUGCACAUGCUUUCCCCGACAGGCCGAAGCAAGAUGUGGGAUGCAUCAGCCAAUGGAUACGCUCGAGGUGAGGGUGUAGCAGCCCUCAUGAUGAAGACCUUGUCGCAGGCCUUGGCUGAUGGCGACCAUAUUGAGGGGAUCAUCCGAGAAAUCGGAGUAAACUCGGACGGACGCACCAAUGGGAUUACCCUUCCCAGCCCUGAUGCCCAAAAGGCACUUAUCAGGCAAACCUACAGAAAUGCUGGUCUUGACGUCUUCAAAGAUCGAUGUCAGUUCUUUGAGGCUCAUGGAACCGGUACUCCUGCAGGAGACCCUCUUGAAGCUCGUGCAAUCCACGAAGCCUUCUUCAGCAGUGGCGAUAUCGUCAAUGAGCCCAUGUAUGUCGGAUCUGUCAAGACAGCCAUUGGCCAUCUUGAGGGAUGCGCCGGUCUUGCAGGUAUGAUCAAAGCUCUUGAAGCCGUCAAGAGAGGCAUCAUCCCACCAAACCAGCUCUUUGAGAACUUAAACCCAGCUGUCAAGCCCUAUACGUCUAACCUGAAGCUUCCCGUUGUGUCACAGCCGUGGCCCAAAUUGGCUGUGGGGUCUUCCAGACGAGCCAGUGUCAACUCCUUCGGAUUUGGUGGUACAAAUGUUCAUGCUAUCGUCGAGAAUUACGACAAUGAAUCUUCACAAACAUCAUUCAAUGAUGUUAUCUCUACUCCCCUCGUUCUGUCAGCGAACAGUGACGUUUCACUACGUGCUCAGAUCUCUCAACUUUCUCAGGUCCUUGAGAAUGCGGAAAGCCACCAAGUUGAGAGUAUUUUAUACACCUUGGCCUGCAGACGCUCGCAACUUCCCAUCAGAACUUUCUUCUCUGGGUACGACUUGGAGAGUCUAAAAGAGAAAUUGAAGAGUGCUACGGUAGAGGAUGCCGUUUUGCCAACCGCCAAGCAGGACGUCCCACUAGGUCCAACUCCGCGUAUCUUGGGUAUCUUCACCGGCCAAGGUGCUCAGUGGCCUACCAUGGGAAGGGAGCUCCUGAAGUCCUCGCCCUUUGCCAGAAGUCUGAUGGACAUUCUUGAAGAAUCUCUAGCCAGUCUACCCGAGCCUCCAUCGUGGACGCUUACCGAGCAGAUAAUGGCCGACAAAGACACCUCCCGCUUAAGCGAAGCUGCCAUCUCACAACCUCUUUGCACCGCUGUCCAACUCAUGGUUGUCGACCUAUUGCGUAAAGCUGGUAUUGACUUUGAUUGUGUCAUUGGUCACUCCUCUGGCGAGAUUAGUGCUGCUUAUGCUGCUGGAUUCCUUUCUCUCCAUGACGCUAUCAGGGUCGCAUACUUCCGUGGUGUCUGUGCGAAGAUUGCCGGUGGAGCCAAUGGGGCUCCAGGAUCUAUGAUGGCUGUCGGUCUUUCUUAUGAGGAAGCUUCGAUCUUCUGCGAAGAGAACUUCCCCGGGCUCGUUGACGUGGCUGCCAGUAACGCCCCGGCUAGCACCACACUCUCGGGAGACAAGGCAAGCAUCGAGGAGGCCAAGGUGCUGUUGGAUCAACAAGGCACAUUUGCUCGUGUUCUUCGGGUUGACACUGCCUACCAUUCUCACCACAUGCACCCUUGUGCUGAGCCAUACCUUGAUCUGCUUCAGACUGCGAAGGUCAAAGCCCUCCCUGGCAAUGACUCUUGUGAGUGGUACUCAAGUGUACUGGGUGAGCGUAUCGAUGCCUCGCUUCACGGUGAAGCAUUGGCUGGUGAGUACUGGGUUGAGAACAUGAUCAACCCUGUCCUCUUCUCCAUGACUUCAGAACUUGUCGCAGGCGCUGCAUUGCCUUGCCAUGUCGCUCUCGAAGUUGGACCUCAUCCUGCGCUCAAGGGCCCUUUCAAUCAGACCUACAAACGUGCCACGGGAUCUCAACUACCGUACCAGGCUACCUUGUCUCGAAACUUCCAUGAUGUUGCUGCCUUGAGCGAUACUCUCGGCUUUCUCUGGUCUCACCUCGGCAAGAGCUCUGUCGACUUUACUUCCUACGCUCAAGCCUUUUCUACAUCCACCAACACAACUCUUACAACGGGUCUUCCUCCUUAUCCUUGGGAUCACACGCAGUCGUUCUGGAGGGAAUCUAGAAAGUCGCUGAAGUAUCGGCAACGCACUCACUCACCUCACCCUCUACUGGGUGUGCGAUCCGUGGAGGAUCCAGGCGAUAGCUUGCGAUGGCUGAACCAUCUACGCCUGGAAGACGUGCCCUGGCUAGAUGGCCACAAGGUCGAAGGUCAGGUUGUGUUACCAGCCGCUGCCUAUUUGGUCAUGGCAAUGGAGUCCGCCCGUGCUAUCGAUGAAACUAAAGAGGUUCAGCUUGUAGAAUUGACGGAAGUCCACAUUAUGAGUGCCAUUCAAUUGGGUCAGGACUCACAAGCCAUUGAGACUGUCUUCAAUCUUGAGGUUGGAGAUCAUCACUCCAGCCAUGCGACCGCCACAUGGUCGUUGUCCACGCCUUUGCGCGACGGCAACUGGAAAUGCAACGCCAAGGGUCAGCUUCGUGUUGAGUUUGGCUCUAGUCGCGGUGUUUCGCUUCUACCUACACGAGUCAAGCCAAUCGCGUCUUUGACAUCCGUGGAUGUUGAGAGGUUCUAUAGCUCAUUGACAAGCAUUGGUCUUGAGUACACCGGCGAGUUUAAGCACCUCGACAGCAUUGAGCGACAAUUGAGUUUCGCAUCAGCUCGCGCACGACAAAUCGCUCCCGACUUUUCAGCGAUGAUCCAUCCUGCGCUUUUGGACUCAGCGUUCCAAUCCAUCUUUGCUGCCUACUGCUGGCCCGACGAUGGAAGCCUUCAAGCACCAUUUGUCCCCACCUACUUCCGCAGUCUUCGCAUUGUCAACACAAGUCAACUGCGACAUGGCGAUGAGUUGGUUAUUGACUCUUUCUUGACCAACACAAAUGAGCGCGAGCUUACUGCGGACAUGGAUGUCUUUGAGGCUAGCAAUGACGAGUCUGUGUUGCAACUCGAGGGAUUGACUUGUACUUCCCUCCUCCGACCUGGUCCCAGCAAUGCGAAAGAGCUCUACACCAAGACCGAAUGGGAAGUCGACAUCUCCAGUGCAAUUGCAAGUGCGGAAACAGAGGAGGCGGACACAGCAUCUGACCUUGAACUCGUCGAUCUCUGUGAGCGUCUUUCUUACUUUUACCUGCGAGAACUCAACAACGUUGUCGGCCGCGAUGAAGUUCCCAAGUUUGAUUGGCACUACCAGCGCAUCUUUGAGUGGAUUGACCACCUCUUCCCUUCUAUACAAUCUGGUAGCCAUCCCACCAUCAAGAAGGAGUGGUCGUAUGACUCUCGCGAUUGGCUCAUGCAGCAAUCCUCCAAGUUCCCUGGUCGCAUCGAUCUUCAGCUUAUCCAAGCUGUAGGCGAGAACCUUCCUGCUGUCGUCCGCAAGCAGACUACUAUGUUGGAACACAUGGUCAAGGACGAUAUGCUAAACCGUAUCUACAAGUAUGGUCUUGGUUUCGAGAGGGCCAACGUCUACCUUGGUCGAAUCUCCCAGCAGGUUGCUCAUCGUUAUCCCCGAAUGAAUAUCCUGGAGAUUGGUGCAGGUACUGGAGGUGCCACGAAAGGCAUUCUUGAAUCGCUCGGCAUUACCUUUGAGAGUUACACAUUCACCGAUAUCUCUACUGGCUUCUUUGAGGCAGCUGCUGAGACCUUUGACCACUGGGCUGCCAAGAUGAUCUUCAAGCCUCUGAAUAUCGAGAAUGAACCUACAGAGCAAGGCUUCCCAGAGGGACACUACGACUUCAUCAUCGCGUCCAACGUUCUUCAUGCCACCAAAUCCCUUGAAGUGACCAUGAGAAACACCCGCAAGCUUCUGAAGCCUGGUGGUCAGCUCCUUCUGUUGGAGGUCACAAGUGACAUUGUGCGAGUCAAGCUCAUGAUGUCCGGCCUUUCGGGAUGGUGGCUUGGAGGUGACGAUGGACGUCGCUAUGGACCGACUAUCCCUGUGUCUCAGUGGGAUUCCUUGUUGAAGCAAACUGGCUUCUCGGGAGUUGACAAGACUGUCAAUGACUUUGUGGACGACAAGAAGUACAUGACCUCUGUUAUGCUGUCGCAGGCUGUCGAUGACAGAAUGCAGAUUUUGAGACAGCCUCUUGCUACUUCUGGGGAUUGGCUCUCCUCGCACUCUCUCACCAUUGUCGGCGGCAAGUACAAGGACAUGUCAACAGAGAUGAUGAAGCCUCUCGACCAGAUCAGCGGGAUCCCGGAGAGUAUGAUCAACUGCUUCGAGAGCUUUGAGCAGCUCGCGUCAUCUAAUUUCCAUGUUCGUUCAGCUUUGGUGCUGGAAGACCUUGACGAGCCCAUCCUCAAGAACCUGACUGAUGACAAGCUCCGAGGAGUUCAGAGGCUCAUCAAUGAGUGUCGUCAAGUGCUUUGGGUCUCAAAGGGAUGUCAGCGAGAAGAUCCCUAUGCCAACAUGUCUGUUGGCAUGUGUCGCAGCUUGGCUUCUGAGUACCCACACAUCAAUCUGCAGCACGUCGACGUGGAAGGUGAUGUCACCGAGCACACUUCAUCUUGUCUUAUGGAAGCUUUCCUUCAAUUGGUGUACCGAGGAUCUCUCAAGUCUGAAGACAUUGUGUGGUCCAUCGAAGCCGAGUUGAUCCUCCGGGAUGACCAAUGGUUCCUUCCCCGCGUCAAGUCUGAUCGGGCACUCAAUGACCAGCUCAAUGCUAGCAAGAUGACUCUUCAAACCAAGAAGUCUCUCACUGGCGACACGAUUGAGAUCCAGCAGCGACGCAGCCAGUUCGUCCUCAUGGAGCCAGUUCCCUGCCUUUCUCUUUCCAGCUCUUUAUCGCCGAUUGACAUCACUGUCACACACUCUCUUCUUUACCCGUUCAAGCUUGGCCAUAAGUCCUCAGGUUAUCUCUGCCAUGGCUACACAGAUAGCGAACCCAGAACGCGAGUUCUAGCUGUAUCUGGAACCAACCGGUCUAGAAUCUCUGUCCCUCCAUUCUUUGUAUGGGAUCUUUCUGCCAGCGAUGGUGAGCCCUCUAGCCUUCUGCGCAAGGCGGCAUUUACCAUCGCGGCUGAGAGGGUCUUGGGAGACGUGGAAAGUGGCUCAACCAUCCUGGUUCACGAGGCGGAUGAUUUCAUUGGGGCUGCUCUUCGAUGGAAGGCCGCAGAUCUUGGCCUUCAAGUCGUGCUGACCACGUCCGACUUUAGCAAGGCCAAGUCGGACGAUACGACCUUUGUGCACGUUCUAGCACCUGAGCGCGUGAUGAGGCAGCUCAUUCCCCAAGGCACCAAGAUGCUCGUAGAUCUCUCUGGUAGAGAUUGCGAUACUAUCGGGUCUCCUUUCAGCAGAUUCAUCUCUCCUUAUGCUAAGGUUGUUCAGCUGCAAGAUAUGAUCGAUAGCCAACCCCAAGGCAUUGAAGACCCGAUUAUUCAUGGCGUUCGUGACGCGAUUCUCUCUACUCUCAACUUGGAUGCAGUUGCACCGGUCACUAUGAUCACCGAUUUGGCCAACAAGCCGGUGUCUAUCAAGGACUACGCCACUGUGGUUGACUUCUCCACAGACUCUGCGAUUCCCGCUGUAAUUCAACCUCUUGAGGGUGCUCGCCUCUUCCGAUCAGACAAGACUUACCUUCUGAUCGGCUUCACUGGAGGUCUUGGAAAGGCUCUCUGUCGAUGGAUGGUCUCCUGCGGUGUUCGCCAUAUUGCUUUGACUACUCGUAACGUUGAUGCCAUCGACAAGGUUUGGCUCGACGAGUUGCGAUUGCAGGGAGCCCAAGUCAAGCUGUUCCAAGCUGAUGUCGGCGAGAGGGACGCAUUGACAAAGGUCUACCAGCAGAUUGUCGAGCAGAUGCCCCCCAUCUGCGGUGCUGCCAAUGCUGCCUUACUUCUGUCUGAUCGCACUUUCAGCGAGCUCAAGGUCCAGGACUUCAUCAAGGUCUUCGGACCAAAGGUCAAGGCCACCCAGAACCUUCAUGACCUGCUCAAGGACCAGAAGCUUGACUUCUUCAUCAUGUUCUCUUCGCUGGCUAGUGUUGUCGGUAACCGUGGUCAGGUCAAUUAUGCUGCCUCGAACCUAUUCAUGAGCGCAAUCGCCGAACAGCGUCGUGCUCAAGGCCUUGCUGCCUCUGUGAUGCAUAUCGGCAUGGUUCUCGGUGUUGGCUAUGUGUCUUCAACGGGCGCAUAUGAGGCUACUCUGCGAAGCUCUAACUACAUGGCUAUUUCCGAGACUGACCUCCGCAACAUGUUUUCCCAAGCCAUUCUAGCUGGUCAGCCGGAUUCCGCCCGUGGCCCUGAGCUCAUCACUGGUCUCAAUCGAUACAGUCUCGAACCCGAUGCCCAGAAGUACUUUUGGCGGGACAACAUGCGCUUCUCUCACCACACUCUCGAGGAGGAACGUCAAGAGCGUUCUUCCUCGACCAAGGUGUCCAUGUCUCAACGCCUUGAGGAAGCCAAGGACGCUGCCGAGAUCUUGUCAAUUGUUGAGGAGGAGUUUUGCACCAAGCUCGAGCGGAUGCUUCAGGCCGAGGCGGGGUCCAUCAAGACGUCUCAGUCUCUCUUAGGUCUGGGCGUCGAUUCUCUCAUCGCAGCUGAGAUCCGAUCGUGGUUCUUCAAAGAGCUCGAUAUUGACACUCCAGUCCUGGAGAUUCUCAAUACUGCUUCUAUCUCAGAGCUUUGCUCUACAGCUGUCUCUAACCUGCCGUCUGUUUCUGGACAGCCCAUUGAGUCCAAGACGGAGGUGACAAAAGAGGCUAUCAAGUCCCUCGAUACCGUCCACGCUUCCACGACGGUCUCCUCAGCACUGCCCACUGAGCAUGAGCCUUUCACCCGACCCAAUUCCACUCAGGUCACCACGAGUGAGGCUGACUCUGAGGAGAAGGCUUUGUUUAAGCCUACUGUCAUCCGAAGUGGUCCUCUGUCUUUCGCCCAAGAACGUCUCUGGUUCCUCCAGCAAUUCUUGCAGGAUACCACAACUUACAAUGUCACCAUGCACUACCGCAUCAAUGGCCCUCUGCGCUUGAAGGACCUGGGUGAGGCUUUCCAACAGGUCAUCCAGCGCCACGAGACUCUUCGAGCGGCUUUCUUCAUCGACAAAGAGACCGACCUACCCAGACAGGCUGUGCUCAGGCAUUCGCCUUUCAGCCUAGACGUUAAGCACAAUACCACCGCCAAGGCUGAACAUGAGCGUAUGCAGAAGACGACUUAUGAUCUCGAGAAGGGUGACGUGGUAAGAGUCGUCAUUAUUCCCAAUUCGGACGACGAACACGACCUCAUCUUUGGCUUCCAUCACAUUGCGCUCGACGGUUUCAGUGCACAGAUCAUGGUACGGGACUUGGCCAUGGCUUACUCUGGGCAGACACUCAAGCCCAAGGAGCUUGGCUACCUCGACUUUGCUAUCGCUCAGAAGGCAGCCAAGCUCCCAAUCGUCAUAAUUGACUAUUGGAAAGCUGAGUUUGAGGAUCUACCGCCGACUCUACCCGUGUUCGACUUUGCAGAGACCAAGAUGCGCAUUACACUAACUGACUACACCACACGAGCGUUUGAGAGGACUCUUUCUGCUGAGGCAGGCGCCAAGACGAAGGCCGCUGCCAGAGAUCUCGGAGUGACUCCCUUUCACAUCCAUCUCGCGGCUCUUCAAGUUGUCCUUUCCGAUCUCGCUUCUACCAAUGAUGUCUGCAUUGGUAUCACCGACGCCAACAAGAAUGAUACUGCUUUUAUGGAUGCAGUCGGAUUCUUUGUCAAUCUGUUGCCCUUGCGUCUUCAGUCACGAGCAUCGCAGACACUAGCUGGAUUGGCCUGUGACGCGAAGACUAAGGCCAACCAAGCCCUUGCGCGAUCUCAGAUCCCCUUCGAUGUCCUUCUUGACGAACUCAAGCUUCCCCGAUCCACAAUGCACAGUCCUCUGUUCCAAGUUGUCCUCAACUUCAAGAUGGGUUCCACACAAAAGGUACCCCUCGCAGACUGUCAGGCACAGCUUGUCACUUUCAGGGACGCGAAUAAUCCGUACGAUCUGACAUUCGACGUCGAGACUUACAAUGAUGGAUCUACCUCUAUUAUUGUCAAGACUCAAGAGUACCUCUACACUCAGAGUGAGCUUGGCUUCAUUCUCGAUCGGUACACGGAUGUCCUAUCUCUCUUUGCCAGUGAAUCUUCGCAGACUCUCGGUCAGGCUUGCAAGCCUUCCACCUCCCAGAUCCAAAAGGCUCUGAGCCUCGGAAAGGGUGAGAGGAUUCCAUCUCCUCGCUUUGAGACGCUGUCUCACUACUUUGAUGAUUGGGUUGAGAAGCAGCCCGACGCUACUGCACUCAAGACCGAUGGCGGCAAGACCUUGACCUAUCGUCAAUUGAAGGGAUUGGUUGACCAGAUUGCGGCUAUCUUGGUCGAAGGUGGCGUCACCCCGGGCUCCAAGGUUGGUGUUUACUGUGAGCCAAGCUUGUACAUCUUCGCUCUACUUAUGGCCAUCUCUGAGAUCGGUGGUGUCUACGUGCCACUUGAUGCUCAGAACCCGAUCAAGCGUCUUCAGCUCAUCGUCAACGACUGUCAGCCUGAAGUUGUUGUCGUUGACGACUCGACCAAAGACGCAGCACUUGAACUAGAUACAGCUGCCAAAUUCAUCAACAUCUAUGCGAUUGAUCCGACUUCUUCGGACACACCCGAGAUUGAGAACCGUGCUCAAGGUUCAGGUAUGGGUUACAUCUACUACACCAGUGGAACAACUGGCGUGCCCAAGGGUGUCGCACUCACUCACACCAACUUGGUACAUCACAUCGAGAGUUUUAUCCACUACACCAGCUUGAGGAGAUGCACCAUGCUUCAACAAGCUCCUCUUGGCUUCGACAUGUCGCUCACCCAGAUGUCACUUGUUACCAUGCUUGGAGGAACUCUAAUUGUUGCUUCAAGUGAGACUCGCAAAGACCCAUUGCAGAUCGCCCAAUUGAUGCUCGCCGAGAAGGUCACGCACACUUUCAUGACACCUACGCUGGCUUUGGCAGUGAUUCAUCAUGGGUAUGAGUAUCUGAGCAAGUGUGUCGAUUGGGAGUUUGCCUUGCUCUCUGGUGAAGCAGUCCGCGCUCAUGUCCCUCCCGAGUUCAAGCGCCUUGGGCUCAAGAACCUCAGUCUGCACGAUGGCUAUGGACCCACCGAGAUUACAAUCAUCAGUAGUUGUGGGCUAAACGAGCUUAGCGACAACACCCCUCAUGAUACACGAAACCCAAGCAUUGGUCUCGCUCUUCCCAAUUAUUCUUGCUAUAUCUUGGAUGAGAAUAUGCAACCUGCCCGACCGGGGUUCGCCGGCGAGUUGGUCGUUGGUGGUUGCGGUAUCGCCAUUGGAUACCUGAACAGGGAGGAUCUUACCCAAGCCAGGUUCCUUCGUGAUCCAUUUGCUUCGCCCGAGGAUAUCUCUCGUGGCUGGACUCGCAUGUACCGCACUGGUGACAAGGCAAGGUUCCUUCCUGAUGGACGCAUUGCUUUCCUUGGCCGUAUCGCUGGUGAUUCUCAGAUCAAGCUUCGAGGGUUCCGUAUCGAGCUCGAAGAUGUCGCCAACACCAUCGUCAAAGCCUCGAAAGGUGUCAUUCCCGAAGCGGCAGUAUCAUUGAGACAGGGUGAGAAUGGUGAUGGAGACAGCGCUUUCCUAGUUGCUUUCGCCAUCAUUUCCGAGGCCCACUGUCCUUCAGACAUCAAGGCCUACCUCAAGCAACUACUCAAGGAGUUGUCUCUUCCUCGAUACAUGAUACCCGCUAGGAUUGUCCCCACAGACAAGCUGCCCAUGAACGCCUCUGGAAAGCUGGAUCAGCGCGCGCUCGAUGCUCUUCCCGUACCUCUUGAUGAUGAUGCCAUUGCGGAACCACUCUCUGAGACUCAAGAGAGACUCAAGUUAGGAUGGCUCAAAGCCUUGCCACCUGUAGCCGCAGACGCUACUAUUGGACCCGAUACCGACUUUUUUUCUGCUGGCGGUAACUCCCUCCGCAUUGUUACGCUGCGAGAGUACAUCUCUCGUGAGUUUGGUGUCAUUGUUUCUGUGUUCGAUCUCUUCCAGGCAAGCACGCUAAGCGAGAUGGCUGCCAAGAUCGAUGGGUCCUCUGAGAUCAUCGAUACAAAGCCCAUUGACUGGGUCAAAGAAACCUGCAUGGACUCAACAGUUUCAAUCAUGGAGUCACCAGUAUCUCCGAAGUCAGACGAAUUACAGGUCGCUCUAACUGGAUCCACUGGUUUCUUGGGUCUCUCUAUCCUCAAGUCCCUUCUCGCCGACAAGCAUGUAGCCCAGGUGCACUGUCUUGCUAUUCGUCCCUCAGCGAAACUAGACCCUAUCUUCUCGUCCCCGCGAGUCGCAUGCUACCAGGGUGACCUAUCUCUCCCUUGCCUGGGAUUGUCUGAGGAACAAUUCGACACACUUGCCCAGUCUGUCGAUCGCAUAAUCCACAAUGGUGCUGAUGUUUCAUUCCUCAAGACAUACCAGUCCCUUCAACGUCCCAACGUCGAGGCAACGCGGGAACUUGUACGCAUGGCAGCCCAACGAGGAAUUCCUUUCCAUUUCGUUUCUACUGGUGGUGUUGUCAACCUUACUGGACAGAACGGCCUCGCAGAGGUUUCUGUUUCCGACUUCAAGCCACCUGUUGAUGGAUCAUACGGUUAUGUCGCUUCAAAGUGGGCUUCAGAACACAUUUUGGAGUCUUAUGCAAAGCAGGGUCUUCCUGUCGUUAUCCACCGUCCAGCCAACAUCACGGGAACUAAUGCGCCAACCCAUGACUUGAUGCAGAACAUUUUCCGCUACUCGGCUGAGACAAGCUCUCUCCCAGAACUGUCAGGCUGGAAGGGCUAUUUUGACUUUGUUCCUGUUGAGAACGUGGCUGCGGGCAUUGUCACCUCAGUUAGGGAGACUGGAGAGGAUAAGCUGGUUUACCGUCACCACUGCGGUACGAAGAAAAUUGCUGUCGAUGAUCUGAAAGAUUAUUUUGAGAAGCAGCAGGGCAAAGCAAUGGAUACAGUCAGCGUGGAGGAGUGGCUGGAUCGUGCUAAAAAUGCCGGUCUUGAUCCUUUGACUGGUACUUUAGUGCAGAGGACGCUAAGCCAAGGCAAGGGUAUUGUCCCCUGGCUUCGGACAGGUAGUUCAUAG